GAUGACAGCUCUGAGUCUGGCUGCAAGUAACAACAAUGCCAAAGCCGUACAGUCUCUAUUGAAUAAUGGUGCAGAUCUAGCCAUUCUCACAUGUGAAGGUCUUAGCUGUAUGGACAUAGCUCUCAACAAUCGAUUUCAUGAUGUCUGUAUGGUGAUUGCGAAAAGUGAUAAGUACGCGAAAGUUUUAUCUUUGGUCUAUUAGAAUUUGAUGUACUAUUUAAAACAUUCGCAGUGCGUGUUUUAUUAGAUAUAGCCGAGUAUCUUUAGGUCUGAUAAAACACGCACUGCGAAUGUUUUAUAUUGCUUCAAAAACGAUCGAUCUAGUAAGUUCAUUGGCGAAGUAAUUUUCAAAAAAUACGUUGUGUAAGUCGAGAAAAUCAAAGUUUAUGUAAAUCAAGGGAAAACUCUAUCACAUAUAAAGAUACGACAGUACGACACGCUUAUGAUUUUUCUUUGUGUUUUCUUCAUAGUCCAUUUCUAUUUCAAUAUUUUGCAAUUCUAAGAGAGCCAGUAUUUUACCCAAAGAAUUGUUCCUUGCCAGAGAGAACAAGAGACGUUUUUUAUUCACGAAUUUUUCAUAUUCCUUAUGAUAGGUGGAAGGAGGCUUUAGUUUCGACCACAACGAUGGAAAGUUGCUUAAAAGUGUCUCCCGAAGUUGCCAAGGUGUGAAUAAAAAUAAAAAUCUCAAAAAUCCAUCACCUUAUUUAACUUAAUGUCGGGUUUUGCUUAUUUCAGGUUAUCCUUGACAAAUGUAUUGAAUACAGUGGUAGAGAAAUUGACAAGGACUAUAAAGUAUGAUCACGAGAAGUCAGGCGAUGCUACACGAAACGAUUUUCAACAACGAUUCGCAAUGCAAAUGAAGUUACGCGGAAUUUGACUGGUUCGACGGCCCGUUGCGUUGCGAAUCGUCGUUGAAAAUUAUUCCAUGUUACAACGCCUUGAAUGGCCUUGUUUGCAUGCACACACGUAAAACGCACAAGUUGUUACAAGUUUGGAAAUGAGUUGUAAUAAGGCUGUUGUCAAGCUGAUAUCAGGAUGUGUUCGUACUGCUUGUUCCCAGUUGUUGUGACAAGUCUGGAACAAGCUGUUAUCACCUCGUUACAAGGUUGGUGACGGUAACAGAUUUGCUAUACAAGUUGUUCCAACAAGACUAAUACAUGCAGGCUGUUUGAGCUUGCUGUCAUCAACUUGUUAACAACUUGCAAACGGUAUAUCAGACUUGUUGGAACAACUUGUUGAGAGCCUGUUGGAUUACAAGAUGAUAACAACCUUUUCCAGACUUGUCACCGACUCAUGCACUCAACUGGGAACAAGCAGUACGAAUACAACUUGUUGAGAAGUUGUGAGAUUUUUACGUGUUAGUUGAACAGUUGAGUAAUUGAUGCACGUGUUUUAAAUCUUUCACUCUCAGCUUCGUCCACGCUCAGAUCGAACGAUCGACACACUGAAUACGCUUAUUCUUAUAUUUCACUUGAUCCACAAGAAUUCUGAUUGAUCAUCAAUCUCUUUUGUGUAGGUGACAUAUCAUUUUGAACUACUUGAUCCUCCCCCGGACAAGAAUGAAACCUACUAUGGACCGUUGGUAAGCACUUGACUGUGAACUUUCAUGUGAAUAUUUCUUGAUUUGCUGAUUAUUUGAUAAGUCAAUACAUUAAAUUAAUCAUUCAAUUAAUUAAUUAAUUGAUCGAUUAAUUGAUUGGUGCCUUGUUUAAUUGGAGUAAUUGAAUGAUUGUUUUAGGCGAUGAAAAUAGCAAGGCGUCAUGAUCUGUUAGGUCAUCCUUUGACGAAGAAACUUCUUCACACAAACUGGUGAGUUGGAAUGAUAUUUCAAACGUGAGGUCCAGAUUAGAUAGUAUUCUAAACAUUAAGCUGCCAAGGUUGACAAGGUUUGUGUCUGAACUACCAGAAAAAGGUAAUUGAUAGUUGAUGCGAAAAUAUUCUUGUCUAAGCUUUAAUUGGCGUCAAAAGCGGAAAGUUCUUAGUUUGGCUUUAUUAGUAUUUGUAUUUAUGAAUCCUAUAUUUAAUAAUUAUUAACUUCCUUAACCUGAGCCCGAUUGAUCACAUGCAGGGUUGCCUAUUCAUAUAUCUCCAACAUUAAACGUGUUUAACAGAGAUGCGUUAACAUUUAAAUGCAUGAUUGAUAAAGCUCCACAGUAUUUAUGUGAUAAUUUUGAACAACGAAACAGAAUUCAUAACCAAGAUACUAGAUCGAAGAAAUUCAAGAAAUGAAGACCUGGAUAUUCCAAAAUUUAGGACAUCGAUCGGUCAAAGAUCGUUCAAAUACAGAGGGACUAAGAUAUGGAAUGGUCUAGAUACGGAGCUGAAUCAAUUAAUGAUUUGAACUAUUUUAAGACGAAACUUAAGACAAUUCUUAUUGAAAAGCGAUGUCUUUCUUUUUAACUUAUAAACUAUAAUAUAAAGUAUAACUUUAGUUUACGUAAUAACUUGUAUUAAUUAAUCAUUAAUGAUAAAAUUGUUGUAAAUAUAGUUGAUAAUUCAUAAUUUCUUUUUAAAAUUUAUGUAAAUUGUCAUUGAAAAACCCAUUUUAGGGAAUGUCAAUUAAAAAAUUCAUUUCAAUUCAAAGAGAUUAAAGAUACCUCGAUGUUUUCUAUCGAAGCCCUCAUCAGGAGAUAACAACUUGGAUAGGGCGUCGAAGUGAAACUUUUUCAGGCAGUUCAGACACGAAGCACGGCAUCUCUAACCACAAUACAGAAUUAUAUAGUAGUCAUGAGAUAACAAUAUAUUGUAUGUAUGUAUGCAUGUAUGUAACCUUUAUUUAAAAUCUAAUCGACGCUAGCCUCAUCAACAUUUAGUUGGUUUCCAUGAGGGGCGUCGAUAUAUAGGCCUACAAAAUAACAUAUCUACAAAAAUAACAAAAGGGAAUUAAAAAAGUACAAAGUUACAAGCGACAAACAUGAAUAAUAUUUUCUAAGGUGUGACCCUAUCUAAUUAAUAUUCAAUUUAAAAACGUAUUCUGAAUGGGCUAAUUUUGCUUACCAAGAAAGGCUAUUCCAAAGUUUUGCGCCACUAUAUUUUAAGGAAUUCCCUUCUCGGAAUUGGUAUAGCUAAAUCAGUAAAUCUAUUUCUAAGAUUGUAAGAUCCUUGCAAUGCGCUAUUCAUAGUGAACAAAUUUUUCAAAUUCGGUGCAGUUAUUUAUUCAAAAUCCUAUACACUAAUAUCGAUUUAUUCCAUUUUCGUCUUUCCUCCAAAGUUACCAACCAAGAGAUUCAAGAGAUUGUUACCUUUUGUCGUCAACCUUGUAACAUUCUUGCUAUAUCAUGACUAUAUCAGAGCUGUUAGAAUCACCUUGUAACACAUCUGAUGGCAUCAAGCUUGUUACAAGUUUACAAGUUGUUAACAGCUUGCUCCAAACUUGUUACAACAACUGGGAACAAGCAGUGCGAACGCAACUUGUCGACAGCGUGUAAACAGAUUUGUAACAACUUGUUUGCACACCUGCAGCUUGUGGGUUUUUACGUGUGUGCUCGGCGCGCCUUGUAAAUCAGAUACAGAUAGGCAGCUCAUGCAUGUACACCUUGUUUUUCUCCUUUAGGAUAAAUGGUGUUCGCUACAUCUACUACAGCCAGAUGUUCCUACUCGCUGCAGCAUUAGUAUCUUUGACUUUAUUUCUGUGGUGGGCGGCAAGGCUAAUGAACGACUGCCAUAAAAAGGUUCUAGCAGAAUAUAAAAUGUCCACGGGUGUUGACAAAAUACCUAAUAACUCAACGUUCUACGCUGACAACGAAAAUUAUUGUUAUGAAAAGUUAGGUUAUGGAGUAAGUAAAAGUUGAAAAACUGC